CCUCGUGAUCCCUUUGUGUUAUUUUCGGACGAAUUGCCGUUCAAAGCUUUAAAUAGGACCGACAUCCCGACGAGGAAGGCAGUUCAUAAUAUUAAUCCUACAUGCUGGAACAUCGCACUAUCUUCGAUAUCUUUUGGUUUUAACGCGUGAAUAAGAACUUGAACGUAUAAGUAUACCAAAAUGCCGGCGGAGUGCAUAGCCAACCCCCUGCAGCGCGAAUUAGCCGACUCAAUAAUUCGCAUGCAAACUCUGGACGAGAUCCGUAUCCUUCUCGCGUGUGGUGCAAAGCCAAAUGAGCCCGUAACCCAGGGUCUCCGACCUUUGCACUACGCCGUUUGGCAGAGGUACGAGGAAGCCGCGCAACUUCUGCUAGUACGAGGAGCCGACAUCGACGCCAUCGACGAGUGCGGAUACUCGGCGCUCCAUCUCGCCGCUGAACACGGCUAUUUGGACUUGGUGAAGCUCCUCCUGAAAUAUGGAGCCAAGGUCGACCACCGUGCCGAUACCGGAGAGCUUUUUCCCAGAACGAUGCUGUGCGACGAGCCCCUCAGACUCGCCCUUAGGAAUCGCCACAUCGAGGUGGCCAGGGUGCUUCUCGAGGCUGGUGCCAACCCGAACAAACGAUACUUUUUUGGCUCGGAGAUAAAUCUGGUAUCACCGAUAGAUCUGGAGUGUUUAGAGCUCCUCUUGGCUUUCGGUGCUUUACCAAACACCAGAGAUCGCGCUGGACUUACGCCGCUUAUGAAAGCCGCACGGUUACCGCAGGGUGUGACGUCGGUCUUGCUCUUACUGAGCUACGGCGCUAGCGUGAAUGAUUACGCCGAUGCCAGGCACGAUUAUCGGACAGUUUUGCAUUACGCCAUUCUUGGAGGAGAUCCAGAGGUGAUCAAUCUGCUGUUGAAGCAAGGUGCCAGACUAGACCUGGGGCCCGAUUAUCAGAAGCCGUCAGCCUUGGACCUGGCCAUCCUUAAGGGAGACCCGAGCAUUGUUGAAAUGCUUUUGAACGCAGGAGCAAACGUGAACGCAUCGUCGCCUAUAAUCGGGUCUCCGCUGCACGUCGCGUGCGCGGAUAACAUCCCAAAUCGUCUUGAAAUACUGAGCAUGCUCCUGGAGCGAGGCGCAGAUCCUAAUCUGGUGAUCAGAAGUGACGAGGGUCCUGCGCUGCGUCCUGUCCUUGCAGAGUACGUCGCCUCGAACGAGAAUCCGUCGGUGGAGGUGGUGGCCCUCCUUUUGAAAUACGGCGCCAGGGUCGUAAUAAAAACCCAGUAUCGCGAUCCUCACGGGAUUUUAAAUUCUCUGCAAAACACGGCGGACAAGCCGCUGCUUCUCCGCGCCCUCCUCGAAGCCGCGGAGAGCUUUGAUCCCUGCAUGAUUCGCAGAUCCAGCAGCCUCACCGACGCCCAGAGAGCCCUGGUCAUGGAGGCGGCCCAAACUCCGCUGCCUCUAACGCAUCAGGCUCGUCUAAUUGUCCGGAAACUGUGCGGACCCGGACUGCCGAAAAUAGUCGAUAGUCUUCAGCUGCCUCAGUCGCUGCACCGUUACUUGCUCUACGAUUUUUACUGAUGAGAGAUUUUUCCCUCGGUGCCAGAAAGGCUUUGACUUGACUGGGGUUUUCUCACAGCCCUUGAAGCUUUACUCUGUUGGAGUUAUAUCGUUUGACUCUGUACGUAAUUUUUUUUUUCGCUGCAAGAUCCGGAGUUUCACACCGUCGAUCGGCUGAUUGGUUAGUUGUGAGGUGAAAAGGCUGUGUUGAAACCGUCAAUUUUUAUUCACUCACGUUUUAUUCCUUAGUGGUAUACUUGUUGUGUAAUAGCUUUUUUCGUAAGGUUUGAGAGAGAGAGAAAGAGAGAGUGAUAGAGAGUUUCGGCCCAAUAAUCGGAUGAGUUAAUUGAAACGCUGAAACGCUGGAGAUCGACGUGCAGAUAUAAAUUAUCAGCAAUGAUUAGCUGGUAAUGAACGUAUAGAAAGACAUAUAUUUCAUUGCAUUGUCGAAGUGGUUUUCCAUAUGUAUAAUAAUAUUGUUAGGUGCCUUCGAUUAAAAAGCGGCAAUUGGUCCUAGGAAAAGUAUUAUAAUUGCCAUCCUAUUUUAUUACCUAUAUAAACAUGUAGUGUUCUCGAUUAAUCGAUAGUGAUACUAUAUUUAUGCAUAUGUGUGCAUAUAAUAAUAAUAUUCACUACACUUAGUGCAUGCGAUCAGAGACUAUUGUGUUUAUCCAAUUAUUAACGAACUAGUUGAAAACAAAAUAUGGCUAAUUUUUAAUACGAACGUGAUUUUAACGAAUCUAUUUAAUUUUUUACCUUUGUAUUUGUAUUCCGCAAUGUAUGUAAUAAUAAAUAUCAUAAUAUGUAAA